AAAUAAUUAUAUCGGAGGGAAUCGGAGAGAGGUUUCCAAACGUCAUUUCAAAAGGAGCGAGCGCAGCAUUCGCAUCCUUUUCCUCUUGUGCAUUACUCAACAAACCGCUAACGAGUCCUUGCGUAGAAGAAAAACAUGAACAAACCCAACCCUGUCCCGGUGCCCGCGGCCCCUUCGCCCUCUCCAGCUGCGUCCCAGUCUGCGCCGUCCGUCUUGGACGUGACCACGCCCCGCCACGCGGACGCUGCUCUCGGGCAUUCCGCUCUCAUCUCGGCCGGUGUGGGAGGAAAUGGUGCAGGAGGAGGUGGAUCCUCUUCUGGCUUUGCUUCAGCGGGCACGUCCAAUGAUGCUUUGUUGGGGGGUACGGAAGAGGAGGAGGUUUUCAUGAACGAGAAAAAGCCUUUCAACGAGGUUGAGAAUGUGGACGGGAGCGGUCAUGGUAAGGACGUUGUCCUUGAAAUUCGCGACCGUACACCUCUUCCCAAAACGCCUUGGUGGAAGACUUUGAUAAAGUUCAUUGGACCUGGAUCAAUGAUUGCCGUCGGUUACAUGGACCCUGGAAACUGGGCUACAGAUCUCUCCGGCGGCUCGCAAUUCUACUAUAACCUCCUCUUUUGUAUCCUCCUCUCAAACAUUUUUGCCGUCCUUCUGCAAUCCCUUGCUAUCAAAGCCGGUCUCGUCACGGGUCGAGACUUGGCCCAACUAUGUCGUCACCAUUUUCACCCCUAUGCCAGUAUGGUUCUCUACAUCACCGCCGAGGCUGCCAUUAUUGCUACCGACCUUGCGGAAGUCAUUGGAGCGGCGAUUGCUCUCAACUUACUCUUCCGCAUUCCCUUACCCUGGGGUGUCGCCAUCACUGGGUUGGAUGUUCUCAUUAUUCUGUUGGGAUUCACCCCAAAGCAUUUGCGCUACUUUGAGUUUUUUAUUAUGGCGCUGAUCGCAUCGAUUGGCAUUUGUUUUAUUGCCUUGUUGAUCAAAGUUAAACCGAUUUGGGGCGACGUUUUUGCUGGGUAUCUUCCAAGAGCUGAACUCUUUUCGGACCCGAAGCAGUUAUUUAUUUUCAUGGGAAUCGUUGGUGCGACCGUUAUGCCGCAUAACCUCUACCUGCACACGCAUCUCGUCUUGUACCGGUACCAGCCGACCACGACCUCGACAUUUGCACCCGCCGGCACCAUCCACGCCAUUACCGAGAUACCUCGCAUAGCUUCCCGCCGGCCUCACCGACACAUUCAACUACUCCCUCGUACGAUUCGGUACUCCUUUAUCGAUUGUAUCAUGUCGCUCACCUACGCUCUGUUUGUGAACUCGUCCAUUCUGAUUGUUGCUGCUGCCGUAUUCUUUGCGCAAAAGACUGAAGUGGCUACCAUUGAAGACGCUUACCGUCUCUUGGGUACCGAGCUGGGUGCCGCGGCUGGAACGCUCUUUGCCGUCGCCUUGUUGUGUAGUGGACAGAGUUCUACUAUCACUGGCACCAUUGCUGGGCAAGUUGUUAUGGGCGGGUUCUUGGGGUCGAGGUGGAGAAUGAAACCCUGGGUGAGGCGAUUGGUCUCUAGACUCCUCGCUAUUAUUCCCGCUAUGGUCACUGUUAUUAUCAAGGGACAGAAAGGGUUGGAUGAUUUAUUGGUCAUCAGUCAAGUUAUUUUGUCAAUGCAGUUACCUUUUGCUGUCUGGCCUUUAAUUUAUUUUACUUCCAAAAAGAGUAUUAUGACUGUCAAAUACGCUGCCGAAUCAUACAGUUCCGAAGACAAGGAGCCUCUGGUAGAAGAAAUUCCCAUCCAUACCACCUCCAGGACCAGCGAGGUUUCUGUCUCAUCGGCUUCCACGCAAGGCGACUCUACGACCAAAACCUACGAAAAUGCUAUUUAUACGACCAUUGUUGCAGUGCUUGUUGCGACCAUUAUUACUGGAUUGAAUGUAGUGAUGCUGUUGCAGAUUAUGGCGCCUGGGUUGUUCCCCUCUCAUGAUUAGAUGUAUUUAUGUUGUGAAUGACGUAUCGAAAUGGGAAUGAUGUGAUGAAAAUGGUUAAACAAAAAGGAAACGAACAAAAAAAACAGUCCAAAAACAAUGUUCCACAUUA